AUGAGACAAUUUUUGAUAGAUUCCUUUGCUGGUCAGCUUCUCCACAAAGUUUCAGGACGCCGUUGGUUUCGCCAUAAUGAUGAGCUUCCUGGUUACCUGAUACCUGAAAAAUAUUUACAAUUUUCUGAAAAGCAAGAUAGUGAAGAGAUAGCUGCCACACCAACACUCCAAGAGCCGGAACAAGAACUAAACGAAGAAAAAAAGUAUGAAAAAGAGAACAAGGACGAUGAGGAAUCUACCAAAACGGCAACAAACUUUAACUCGGGUGAUACAGAUUACAUUAUAGUUACAUGGGAUGGCGAUGACGAUCCUGAGAAUCCCUAUAAUUGGCCACUAUACCUCAAGUGUAUUAUGGCAUUCCAAAUUGCUUUUCUCACAGUCUCAGUUUAUAUGGCUUCGGCAAUUUAUACACCAGGUGUAACCGACAUUAUGGAACAGUUUGAUAUUAAUCAAACACUUGCAACUUUACCAUUAACAAUGUUUGUUAUUGGCUAUGGUAUUGGACCCAUAGUGUUUAGUCCACUUUCAGAACACACAAAGAUUGGCAGAACACCAAUCUAUGUCAUUACCUUGUUUAUAUUUUGCAUGAUGCAGAUUCCUACUGCAUUAUCAACUGGGAUUGCAGGAAUGUCGGUAUUGCGUCUUAUUGCUGGGUUUUUCGCAAGUCCUGCAUUAUCUACUGGUGGUGCUUCAUAUGGUGACUUUAUCACAAGACCUUACUUUGUAUGUGGAUUAGCCGCAUGGUCCUUGGGUGCUGUGUGUGGACCAGCAAUCGGACCAUUGAUUGGAUCUGUCUUGGUUGUGCGUGGUGGCCAUAAUGGAUAUGAGAGCUGGAGAUGGACGUUUUGGUUUAUGGCAUUGAUCUCAUCUUGCUUUUUGAUUUUCUUGUUUACCCUACCCGAGACUUAUACUCCAUAUUUGUUGAGAAAGAAAGCCCAGAGAUUAAGGAAGUUAACGGGAAACAAUAGAAUCAGGUCUGAAGCGGAGCUCAAGACAGGCGAAUCAAAAUCAAUAAGCGCCGUCCUUUCGGAGUUGUUGUGGAGACCGAUUGAAAUCACAUUGAAGGAACCUGUGGUUUUGUUGAUUGAUAUUUACAUUGCUUUGGUGUACAGUAUUAUCUACUUGUUCUUUGAAAGUAUCCCCAUUGUUUAUCAAGAAACAAAACACUUUCCUUUGAUCUUGAUGGGUGUCACAUAUACUUCCAUUGUCAUUGGUAUAAUCUUGGCCGCGGCAAUAUUCAUUCCAUACGUGUACCAGAUAUACUCCAAAAAACUUCUUAACAAUAUCGAUGUGCCACCUGAAACAUUUUUGCCCGCCUCAAUUGUUGGUGCAGCACUUAUGCCUGUUGGAUUAUUCAUAUUUGGGUGGACGGCAUCGCCUGAUAUCCACUGGUUCCCACCAUUGAUUGGGAUUGCAUUAUUUUCUGCCGGCGCUUUUCUUAUCUUUCAAACCUUGUUCAAUUAUAUGGCAUCGAGUUUCAAAGUGGAGUACUUGGCAUCGGUGUUUUCAUCUAAUGCAUUUUUCAGAAGUGUGAGUGCAGGAUGCUUUCCACUUUUUGGAAGAGCGUUGUUUAAAAAUCUCGGAACUCAAAAAUUUCCGGUGGGAUGGGGUUCGAGUUUAUUGGCAUUCUUGAGUCUUGGAAUGCUUCUUAUUCCAGUAUUUUUCUAUUUGAAUGGUCCCAAGUUAAGAGCUAGAUCUGCAUAUGCCUCUUAG